AUGUCUAGCAACAGCAACUACGAACGAGAUAAGAUUUUCAAGUCAUGGUCCGGAAUUAGUGAGCUGGCUCUCAUUAAGGAGGUAGCCACAAAAGGUGAACAUAUAGACUUGUGCAUUUCAUAUUGGGCCAGGAAAAGAAAAAUGCCCAUCAACGAUUACGAGUUGUUUUUCCAUGACAUCGUUCAGACUUAUGUGGCACGCCUUCUAAAUGAACGACUGGUGUGCAAAGCAGAAAUAGUCCUUCGAAACGUGCAUCGGGACGUGAAGUGUUUCUAUUACCAAUUUGCAUGUGAAUGCAAUGAUUCGGAAUUGCGAGAAAUGCUUUUGGACCAUUUGCGAAAAAAGAACCCCGACAAAUUUGAGAGCGAUAUGCAGGACUUGCAAUUUCAUUGGAGCCUACUGGAAAAACUUAAGAAGUCCGAUGUAAUUAUGGCCGAUGUAAAGAAACACAUGAAGCGUAUAAAUUUGGAAUCCCUAAUGGCAUUAGACAGUGCGACAAAGCAACAUAUUAUGAUAUCGCUGUACUUUGAAACACGCAACGAAAAUUUGUUGCAGUACAUCAACAAGUUUGUCCUCUGGAAUUUCUUGAUAGAAACAGGUCAAACAGAGGAGAUAAUAUCAUGGUGCAAGUUGCAGAUACAGCCACAAGAAACGAUUUCGUUAAACUCAAAUCUUUCCGUCUUGGAAGAGAAAUAUACACAAUGGUCCAUUGAGGCAGAAAUGUACGAAUAUGCAGUUCGAUCCCUUGCCAAUAAAAAGGAUGAAGUUCUUCGUAACUUAUUUGCAUCGGCGGGAUAUUUUUUUCCUGAUGAGAGAAGCCAUGUGGAAACUGUAUUGCAACGUAUAUGUAUCAGCCACAGCAUUCACAAAAAUCGUGAUUGCAUCAGAUCAUUGCCAAUUGGUCAAUAUAUCUACGAGCGCGGGUUCUACCACCUUCUAUUGAAUGAAUUUGUUACAGUGCGACAACUUGAAGAAAUGUUUGAAAGUAUAAGCGAUAAUAGGGAUAUCCUUAGUCUUAUAAUUACAUUAAAAACAAAUAAGCUCGAAAAUCUCGAGGGAUUUAAAAAGAUUGUUUCCAGUACCACAAAAUAUCUGGAACAUAUUGAUUCAAACGAAUGCAAUAAAUGGACAUUGGCGACACUUUUUGAUUUUCUUACCAAUCAACCGUCUUUGGCAAAUUUACACUGUUCAAUAUCGUCGGGUAUUUUGAAAUCGUUGUCCUAUCUCAAAGUGGUUUUGCAUCAUGAAAAUAACAAUACGGCCGUAAAUCCGCAGAGUAUACCCACGAUCUAUGACCUAAUAAAAACAUUCAAAGGUAUCGAUGUGCAUCGUUUGUGCAAAGAUGCUAAUACGUUUAGCAAAAGUCGCAAUAGCGAUGUUGGGCCAGCGAAUAGAAACAACCAUCGUUUGAAUUUUGUUCACUAUAUUAAACAAUCGAGGAGCGCCUAUGCCCUCUACCUCAUGUUUGUAGAGCAACUUCAAAACUAUGCACAGAUAACUAAAACCCAUUUGCUCACAACGUGCGAAAGUGUUUACGAGUUGGCGUUACAGACACCCAUUGCCGAUUCGGAUGUCAUUAGCCAUUGCAUUGCGUUUUGUGAAAUGUUGGGCUUCGACACUCAGCAACUGAGAUGUGUUCUGAGACUUCGUCGGUGUUUGCAGCAUGCACACUAUCCGAACGUAUGUCCCGACAAGAAAGGCCUUGAUUCAGUAAUUUUUGAGGCUGAACGGUUGCUGUUGGAUAAAAUGUCCAUUGAAGAUGAUACAAACAUAUUUCCCCUUAUAGAAUACAACACAAUCAUGGCAUGCAAAGCCAUCUGUCCGAAUAGUACACCCAAAGAAAAUGGAUCUUUGAUAAUGCAAGGUUAUGCAACUCGCAACGACUAUUGGCACUUGUUGGUUUUAUUACACUAUUUUGAAAUACCUUUGGAGCAGAUCAAAUCGCUUGUGAAAUAUUUCAAGAUUCCCUCAAUGGGAGACCACUUUUUGAGGGCAUUAUCUUCAUUUACCAAUAACAGUUCUGAGGGCCACACCAUGAAGCGACGUUCGAGUGUAACAAAACGUCAGCUGCAAUCCAACAGGCAAAAAAAGUCUACUGGAGAUAGACGGGCGAUUAACACAUCUGUAGAGACAAUGACAUCUUCAAUGGCAUCCGGAAAUGAUCUUCCAGGUGCUGGGAGUGGUUCGAUGUGCCAAAAUAAAAAUAUAUUUGCUGAUUGUACCAAUGGUAGCCCCGACAUAUUCGCUUUGAUUUUGUUGAAUUUGAACUCUUGCUAUCCCUGUACAGAACCGGUCCUGGAUGUGUCUACAUUUCUACAACACUUGCAAAGUAGCAACGCCGAUGGCAAGGACUCUGCCUCAGCUAUUGUCAACUUUCUAAGAACCGCAGUAGAACAACGAUUGCCUAUAAUGGCUGUAUUGGCCGCCUCUAUAGUUUCUGGUGACACCAAUGGGGCACACGUGGAAUGGUGUUGGUUAGUGUGGUUGGCAGUCACAACAGAUCAAUGGAGCCAUCUCCAACGGUUGGCCAAUAGCGUACAGGAAUUUCCCUGGAAUCUCAUGGACCAUUUGGUUUCUCAAAAUCAGAUUACGGCAAUUGUCCGAAGCUUUGAAAUUUUUCUUCCGGAUAAUGGACUGAUUCAUCUAUUUCGAUUCCUGCAACUAUCGACCCAAAAUGAAUUCGGUGAAGUAAACGUCCAUGAGCUGCGUUUGUAUUGUUUGGCAUGGAGUAAUGAAGAAAUUCGUUUGCCACUAAAUUUCCGACCUCAACGUGAAAAGCUGAUGAAACGCACAAUACGUCUGCUAUUGUUGCACACCCAGAGUAACUUUGAAUCCGCUGUCGAUCAGCUUAAAUUUCUCAGCUGUGUAUGCAAGUCGGGUCUGAGUGAUAUUACCGGACAACUGGACUUUUGUCUGUUAAAACAAUUCUGUGAUAUUCUAAUGACUGCCAAUGGUUCGAUGACUCAACGUUUUCCUUUGAAUUUCAUCCAGUUGCUACACGGCGAACAAGCUGAUGCCAAGGAAUAUGAGCGAAUUUUGAACUGUGUAUUAGCGGCGAGAGAGUAUGAUAUUGCCGUACGUCUAGCUUCGUUACUGCACAAGCCCAUCAGUGACAUAAUCUAUAGUAAAUGGGUGUCUUCCUUGGAGUCCCAGUUGGAAGUCCCGCCAUCGGGUAAAUUCGAUAAUUAUAUAUUUCCAUUUGAGCAAUACGAAAACGAAGUAGCGGCCCAUUCUCUACCACCAGAAACGUUAGUGAACUUCUUGCUUUAUGCCUCAGCCCAUUUGCCAGAUCACGCUUACAAAUCGCGCUACACGGUUUUGCAAAAGGCCUUAAACGUCAUUAAACAUCACCAUCUAUUUCCGAACGAGUCAUUCGACCGCGAUCAAAUAGAAUACGAUAUGAUUGUGAACUAUCUGUUGCUGGACGAGGUGGAAAUCGCUGAAUUGAGAUUAUAUCACUCUGAGUAUUACGAAGAGAUCAUGCUUUCCGAAAGAAGGGUUCUCUACAAAACGUUUUUGGAACUGAAAGAAUUAGCCGGAAUCGAGGAUUUAAAUAUAAGUAAUAAGAUCGAAUUGAACGAUUUGCAGACCAAACGGUUGGAAUCAUUGUUGCACCGCUUACUGGAUGAGGGUGAUAUUGUGGAGGCCUUACGCCUGCAGGAAUUGUUCGAUAUAAGGCCGUUGGAUUUGCGCUUUAUAGUGUUCUGCAUGGCAUUGGCUGAAUCCAUGUCGACGGUUUAUUGUAUGUCGGCCGAUGAGCGCCAGUUGCUGAGUGUUGUUGAGCGGUCGUCCUUUUCCAAAUUCACCAAGAGAACGUUGUGCUCUGCACCAGGAUUAGGAGGAACUGGCGGCAGUGCUGGUGCCUAUCUUUCCGAUAGUUGUUCGACGCUGGAGUUCGAAGAAAUUCCAUCGAAGGAGAAACAAGAAACACUGACAAUACUGCAGGGCAUUGCAUCCAAGUUAAAGUAUGGAGUGAAUCUGGCAAGGCGCAUCAUCAGCUGUUACCGAGCCGCCAUGUAUCUGGACAAGGAAUAUGUCGAUGUUUUACGCACCAAAGAUGUGCACAUUCUGCUGCAGAGUAUAGCCGAGGAGGGAUGCUUGCAUCGUCUCUUAGUGGUCAGCGACAUCCUAACAUCGACACAUAUGGAACCGAAGGAAAUAGCAGAACUCUUGGCAUUUGAAAUAACCACUGCCAUUGUAAGGCCACGAUUCUAUAUAUUUAGUCCAGAUCAACAAGGUAAGACUUCAUUUCGCAAUGCCGAUCUCUGGGGUUACAAUAUCGAUCGUGAUCUACAUUUGUUUUUGGAACUAACCCCAGACCGUACACAACUUGGUGCUUGUCUAUUGGAAUACUGUGAUGCCUUAAAAGCCUAUCGUAAAUAUCAGGACAACAAACCCUACAAUUCCAAUAUCUAUUUUGAUCGUCUGGCGGAAAUUAUUGCUCGCUACGGGCUGCCAAACAACUGCGGUAAUGCCAAUAGCAUCAAUGCAUCGGAGAUUACAUCGACUAUCUCGAAUCAACCCCAUCCGCCUCAAGUCCUUUCGCAUAAAAAACAAAAUAUUAUUUACGUGGAACUCCUGAUCAAAGCUCAUCAAGCCUUCGUACACGAAUGCUCCAUGGAGGGAAUCGCAAAUGUGCUGAAUCGUGCCAAAGCCUUAAAUAACAUUCUGGCCCAAGCGAAAUCCUGGUCGCUGAUAGUGCGUAUGUUGACCGGCAUCGGUCGUUAUCGGGAAAUGUAUUUCUGUUUCGAUACACUGAUCGAAAACGAGCAGUUUGAAUCGUUGCUCGGCCAAUUUGACGAAGAAAAGACAAUUGGUUUACGGCAAGCCAUUUUAUCAUAUCUACGGGAAUAUUGUUCCCCACAGCAGGGGAAGGAACUGUUCAAGUUAGCUGCUUUGCACUUUCUGAUGUACAAGGAUCUGGCUGAAUUGUGGGAUCAAGACGCUGAAGAAAUUCAAAUGAAUGUCGAUAAUACAGCAAGCUUAUCGGAUGAUGGCGAUAUAAAGAAACUGCGUUGUUCGCCUGAACUGAUCGCUCAACUCAAUAAGUCGCUCGAAUAUUAUGUGCAUGCAGCUGAAAACUAUCUGCAGGAUAAUAAAUUAUUGUUGGCCCAAAAGAGUGCUGCCAAAGCUGAAUUGACUGCGAUGCAAAUCGAUUUGGUCAAUAAGGGUAUGGAAAAACCGGCAACAUCUUCGGGAAAUUAUUUGUGCCCAUGUGUUAUUCAGCUGAAGUCUCGACAAGAAUUUAAAAAUUUAGUCAACGACACAUUAAGUGUUUCACAAUCCUUAAUACUUAGCCGUGCCUAUGGUUACGAUAUCAACUGGUCGGAGGCACUUCUAUCGCAAUACAUAAUACAAGCAAAUAAAUCGUAUUUUAGUGAUUUUCUACAACAAAUUGAUAUCACGGACGAUAUUAUAGAGAAUGUCAUUAAGGGAUUCCAAGUUUACGGCAAACAGAAUCGAAUAACUAAGCAAAUGGAUGAGAAUAUAGCGCAAUUGAUUGAGAUGGCUUCAUCAAUUACAAUUAAAUAUAAAUUGGCAUCGUUGCUCACCCUUAAAUCCACCAUACUAUCCUUAAUAAAUAGUGAGAGUAUACACUUUUUAAGGGACAUGAAAUUUGGUCGUCGAGAGGAACACCGCAAUACUUGA